AUGAAAGAUUAUUCCGGAGCAAGCUUAGAGGAAGUUCUGAAGCUAGCGGAGAGCAUCCCUGACGUAGAGCUUCGCGGGGAGCCAGCUGGUAUAGCAGUUCAAGUUGCACGAGAACCAAGCGCAGAGCCACUGCCAAAGCUUCCACGAGUCAUAAAAGAAGAGCCUUACUUUCCAGAGAAUUCGGAGCAGGCCAGCAGCUCCCCUCCUGUCCCACAAAUUUUGUGCGCUUCCCCAAACGGACCAGUGAUCCAUGGGAAGUCGCUAGUCGCCGGGUAUCGACCAGAUGAUCGGACACCUGCCAACACCCCACCUCGUUUAUAUAUUCCACCGAAUAUUUAUACACCCGCCAACGGACCCCUGUUCCAAGCAGAGCCGCGAGACUUAGAACGAGAGGAUUUGCUCCGGCAAAUUGAUGUCUUUCGUCAACAAAGCUUCCAAACUGCUCAAAACUAUCAGCUCGUCUUAACAGACAAUCGGACGUUACUAUCCAGAACGGACCAGUUGGAGCAGGCAAACACACGGCUCACAUCUCAAGUGAAGAGCCUCAGCAGUGAAAAUGAGGCUGUCAAGGAGCAAAGGGAUAGAGCAACAAGGAGAGCUCAGAGCCUAAAAAAAGAGAAUCAGCGUCUUCGUGAGCUCUUUCCAAGCGCCGUUGAGAUGGUGAAUGGCAGACCAGAACCGUUUCCCCAAUGCUCCGUCAUCAACUUCGUCCCCUCCCUGGCCAUCUCGUCACUACCUUCAACAAGCAUCCCAGCAACCAUCCUGCCGAAAAUUGACAACCUAGCAAAAGUUCCGAGUUUUGCGCCAUUUCAAAUUUCGUCGCUGCCCCUCUCCGAACCUUUCCUACGCUCACCGAGCCUGCAGGACGAUUUGAAGCUGGCUGGAAUCAAGAAUAUGCAGGACAAGCAAAAUCUGUACGUCUAUGAGAAACUCGUCAAAAAAUGUCUGUUCCAUCCAUCAAAAGGUGAUUGCCCUCAGGAUUCCUAUGAUCUUCCGCGUUUUUCGACAGUUCUGAAAGCUUUGUAUGGAUGCACAGUUGGCAACUCAGAUAUGGAAGAAGCAACUGACCGUCUGACACGGCAAAUCGCCGACGAGCAGCGAUUUCAGGUCGCCAUGAACUGGAUCACAAAGAUCGUACGGAAAAGGAGACAGAUCAAAGAACUACAGGCGCCUUAUUAG